AUCUACUCUAAUUUUUUCACACUUUUACAGCCAUUUUCAAAGGUUUUUUUCAAGCCAAAUAUUCUCUGAGAAAUGGAAAGAACGAGCUCGAGAUAUUAAUAAAAUUCCUCGCUCAGCUGGAAACCAUUUCACAUUCCGUCUACAUGAAGUAGUGCGCAGUCAAGCGUCAAAACAAUACUCAAAUAUUUUCAUUCGAUAUUUCGUGUCAAACUAUAAAUAAUAUAUCUCAUAUUUUUAUAUUCUACAUAUAAUGGUAUGUUGUCUUAACUUUAUAUCUAGUUAUUUUCUUGUAUACUUUACAUAAUUAUGUGUGUUUUAUUAGCGUUUUUAUCUGUCUUAUACACUGUUUACAUUUGACAUUUGUGACACAGAAUUGUUGCAAUUAAUUGUUCUAGUUGUUGUGUUAAUUUUAUAGGCAGAAAGCUUCUCGCAACAUCAAAUUGAUGGUAAGUUUAUAUAAAUGUCCAGGUUUACGUUUGUUUAAGUUUCAUAAAGUGACAAAAGUAUUGUACAUUUGUACUUCUUGAUUUGAAAUAGAAAUUGUUUACACUAAAUUAGACUUUUCUUAGCUAUUAAUUUAUUUUAUCUACUGUAGCUAUGUGAUCUAGUUAAAUUUACAUCUCGUAUUAUAUAGGAACCUGCAAAUAAGUUGCCAAAGACAUUAUUGUACACUGUAUUAAUAGUACUAAUUGAAAUGGAUCCUGUUCAAUUAACUGGAAAUAAUAUUGGAAAUAUAUUGAAAAUAUCAAUAAAGUGAUAUGUUGAAAAGUGUAAUUUGAAAACAUGUUUAAAAUUGUCUUUGUUCAGUUUUCAGAGACUGCUUCAAUUUGUACGACAAGAAUCGCGAUGGAAAAGUCGAAAAAGAAGAACUGACCAAAAUCAUGCGAGCUUUGGGUCAUCCUGUCACACAUAUUGAGAUUUUUGAAAUAAUGAAAGCGCAUGGUAAGGCGAGCCAUUGAUAUGGGCUUUGCUACAGCCUGGGCAAUGGUCAAGCCCAUCUUGAUCUAAUCUUCUUACCCUGUUAGCUUAUGCCCGUUCCUAAUAUGCUGUUCCAACAACUUGUCAACAGGAUGUGUUCGCACUGCUUGUUCCCAGCUUGUUGACAACUUGCUACAAGGUUGCUGAGCACAACAGACUUGUUACAAGUUGUUCCAGCAAAUAAUUAUUGUCCUGCAAUUCAACAAUUUAUCAACAAGUUGUGAGUGACAACCUUGUAGCAACUUGAUAAAAUAAUUAUAGCGUUGUUACAACUUGUUGGCAAACUUGCUACAAGCCUGUUGCGAACACAUCUUGUUGACAAGUUGUGAGAUUUUUAUAGUGUACUCCUAUAGUAAAUCAUGCAUGGACCAUAAAAGGGAUGGCAAUUACUGUACCGUGAAGAAUUGUUUAGAACUUAUAGAGCAAUCCAGUAUAAAUAAAGUUAGUAUAGUUCAGUUCAACAUUUGGUAGUUGGUAAUCGUCCAAUCUUUUCUAGGAAAAGCGAGCGUUACAUUCCCCGAGUUCGUGAAAAUGCUUGCCGCACAAAAUGCAAAGCAUGUCAACAUUGAAAGGGAGAUCCUCAAUGCAUUCGCUUUGCAAGACAGAAGCAGAAAGGGUUACAUCAGCCGUGGUGAAUUUGAGCAUCUCCUUGUGAAAGGCGGGGAGCAAAUGACAAAACAUGAAGGUUCGUAUCCCCCCCUCCCCCUGACUGCCAACCUUUUUAUUACUUUGAGAUAAUAACACAGUGGUAUAUACAAAGAGGACGUUGUAGCCCCAAUAUUUUUCAACAGUUGAAACUAUGAUCACCACCACUGAGUAAAUGUUGUUUUCUCCGUCAGAUAUUUCAACAAAUUGUUGGAUAUAUACUUUUUCGUUGUAGUGCAACAACUUUUGUCACAGUAUGGCUUUGAUAAAAUGAUCACGCAAAUUAACUAUCAAGGUAAAAAAAUAUUAGUUAAAUUUACGGUCUGUGAGUGUAGUUAGUGACAAAAACACUAGAAAAAAUACAUGUAAAACAUCGAUGUUUCGAGCGAAUGCCCUCAGUGGCGUAACAGAACCUCCUGAGGCCCACCGUCAAAUCUUUAAGUGUGGCCCUAUUUUUCCCCCAAAAAAGGAAAAAGGGGGGAUGGGAAAAAAAGCGGGGGGUGGGAAAAAAAAUUUUUCGAACCAUAUUCCUUAAAGGUGAUCUACAGUCCGAUCUGCGCAUGUGCACAAAUGAGCCCACUUUUUAUGAUACAAACAGUUUAACUAUGUUUUGAGUUCUUGAAAAGCCUAAUUGUUGUUUCUUGCUCAUUUAUUAUACUCUAGAAGCUUGAAAAUAUAAAUAGUUGUCGAAUAAAGCUCAAUAUUUUGGACACAAAAAUGUAAACAAAGGCUUUGUUUACAUACGGACUGUAGAUCACCUUUAAGAUGCUCUUUCCAGCUAUGGUAAUGGCAUUCGUUCUUGUCUAGAUCAAAAUUUCGCCUAUAGCUGGAGUCACCAUUUGUAUUUUUUUUUUUUCAUUUAGAACUCAGUCAACGAAUCAGUGCAAGCUCUAAAGCAUGGUAGCAGAUGUAGAACAAUGUCCUUGAUGUGAACUAUCUUCUACCUUUUUUUCUAUUUCUAAAACAUUAUUUAUUAAGUAUGAACGUAGGGUAGUAUAUUAACUCUGAUGUAGCACGUCAUGUAACAAUGUGCAAGUUGUUAUUUAUGCCGUAGUAUUUAUGCAUUUUUAAAAUAUAUCAUAUUUGACCAA